GUGGGCCCCUAGUUUUGGAUAAGGCUGAUUUUCGUACAUAACGUUCAUCCUGGCGAAAGACACCUGAUAAAUAGGCCCCACAGACAAACAUAUGAUUCGCUUCCCAUCACCACUGUUUCCUGUGGUCUGGCCCACCUGAUUCGUGGAUCUUGAUGAUUUUUGGCCCAGGUAAUAGCAUCAAAGAGCGCUCCGGAUGGACGGGAUGGGAUUCACAUACAGCGUGGUGGCCCCUCAAGAGUGAGAAGUCGCGUACGCGUUCUUCAGUCUCCCGGCCAUUUGUCUGCUCUCUCUAUUGAAAUGCCUGUUCUUCAGCUCUCUGUCUUCUUCUUCAAAAACCCCUGCAAAACCCUCUUCUCAAACUCCCUUUUCAAAUUCACACACCUCUUCCCGUUCUCAACGUCCAAAUCCCAAAACCCAUCUCCCCAAAUCCCUUUCAUUAUCGAUUAUCUCACCAACUCAUGUGGAUUCUCCCCAGAAAAAGCAAUCUCUGCUUCUAAAAAUCUCACCCACAUAAAAUCCCCACAAAACCCAGAUUCUGUUCUCUCCUUCUUCAGAAACUGCGGUUUGAACGACCCCCAAAUCAGAGAUCUCAUUUCCAAGAGGCCCCAAUUCCUUGCCGCCAAUGUUCAGAAAACCCUCAUCCCCAAACUCAAGAUCUUGCAACAAAUAGGCCUCUCUGGGCCCCAUCUUUCCAUGACCAUAGUAAGAAACCCCGUCCUUUUGCUGAGAAGCGUCAAUAACUGGUUCAUCCCCACCGUCGAUUUCCUCCGGACUGUCCUUGGCACCGACAAGAACGUCGCCACGUUCUUCAGGCGCUCCACAUGGGACUUCCCCUCCGGCAUCAAGAAACAGAUGCAGCCCAACAUAUCGAAUCUGCAGAAGAUUGGCGUCCCGAUUCAAAGAAUCGUGAUGCUUGUGCUGCGAAAGCCCACCUUGUUCAUGCAGAAUCCGAGAUGUCUCGAGGGGACUGUUGCUCGCGUCGAGGAAAUGGGGCUCACCCAUCAGGACAGGAUGUUCAUCCACGCGCUUUUGACCGUUGGAUCGUUGAGUAAGGCCACGCUGGAGGCGAAAUUCAACUUGUUUAAGAGCUUUGGGUGGUCGGAGGCCGACACCCUUUCUGCGUUCAUGCGGUAUCCAAUGUUCUUGGCAUACUCCGAGGAGAGGAUUCAGAAGAUGAUGCAUUACUACGUGACUGAGCUCGGGUGUGACCGAGCCCACAUUAUCCUGCGGCCAAAAAUGCUGACUUAUAGCUUGGAGAAGAGGAUAAUCCCUCGAUGCAAUGUGCUGCGGAUCCUGGAAUCGAAGGAUUUGCUAAAGAAGGGUCGUUCGCUGUCGACAAUCAUCUUCCUGACAGAGAAGAAGUUCUUGGAAGAGUAUGUGGAUCCAUACAAGGAGAAUGGCCCUGAUGUCUAUGAAGCUUACAUGGCACAAAUCUGAGAGGUUACACCUGCAAGAUCUUCCUGGUGGUGUCAAGUGGCUGUUGUGACCUGUGAUGAGGCCAGCCAACGCAGUGUGUGUAUGUUGGGUGAUCAUGGAGUUUGGGCUUCAGAUUGCAGACAAGGAAUGGCUGAAGAGAGCUCCUUCACCUUCAAUUGGAUUCUUGAGGACUGAAGUAGUCUACAACACUGCGCAGCAUGCACAACGUCCAAGCAAUGUGGGGCCCAUCCUUUUCCAUGUGUAACAUGUACUCCGACCAUCAGGUGAUAACGCUUAUGUUCACCUAAAAUUCAAAAGAUCAUCCCGAUACAAAACUCAUAUAGGCCUCAUCACAAGGAACAAUGUAAAAUUGCGUCUAGAACAUCUUGAGUUCACCCAGUGCGGCCCUCCUGAGAUAUGAUCAGGCGCAUAUUUGUAUUUUCCUGUCAUCCUGGCGAGUCAUGCGACUCACACAUGAAGAACAGGUUCGAUGAAAUACACACACCAUGCUGGCUCUACACACAAACCUAUGGUUGGCAUCCCAUACCCAUUGCUCCCUGUGGUGCAACGUGAGCUGUGGAUUUGGCGCGGGGUUCUUGAUCUUUGCCCCUGACCCACUUAUCAUUUUGAACAAUCACCUUAUUGUUAGAUAUGGAUAUUCAACAAAUAUUGGGAUCUGAUUUCAA